GCAGCAAAAUCGCGGUACGUUUUCUCUACACCCCGUCCUUCUCGAAGAAAACGAAUAUAUAAGAAAAUAAAAGAGUAGGUAUCUUCCCAGUGCUGACAAGACCUCGCGGGAACAGAUUAAGCAACCCCCUCCGCCCUCCGAAGGAGAGGAGACCACGGCCAUCCCACGCCGAGCGAGCCGCUCUACGGAGAGAUCAGACGCGCCGUCAGCAACGACAACAGCCACACACACCACCAACCAUGCGAGUCGUCAGACGAGUCGUGCUGAUCGCGGCGUUGGCGUCGUGCUUCGUCUCCACGCUACCGCAAGCAGAGGCGGCGAGCUGGACUGAUCGUAUAUUCUCCGGCUUCCUGAGCUUCGGACGCGCGUUCUCCAACGCGACGCAAGUCGUGGUCGCCAGAGUCAAGGUCCUGGUGAACCCCAGUGGCUCCAACAAGAAGCAGGACGUGAAGGAUAUCGACAUCUUCGCCAGCGUUUGCAGUUUGAGCGGUUCAAAUCGCCGACUGCUCAUCAAGUGCCUGCGGGACAACGACGAGGAACUGCUGAAACCUGACUGGCAGAACUGCAUCGGAUCCGCCAAAAUCGAGGUUCUCACAGUCGAGGAUCUCUACCAUUGGGCGUGUUCACGGCUCGCGUCAGCAGCCGAGUUUCAAGAAUUCCGGAAUACAUCGCAGUGUUUACUCGAAGGCAUGCAAAAGGCAUCUAUCGCCGCCUCUAUAAGGGACUGCAAAGGAAGUUCAAGACCAUACUAAGGCUCCAACCAACAACGUUCCAGAAAUAAAAGCAUAUCCCCACGGUGCUUCUUAUUCACAUA